AUGUCGAAGGCACAAAAUCUUUCUCAGACAAUCUCAUCAUCCUUAGCUUGGUCUAUAUCAAGAUCAUUCUCUCCAGCAUCUUCAAAUAGGCAUAAAAGAAAAAUGAGCACUCCUACAGAUACUAAAAAUUCUAUUUUAAAUUCAUCACAAAAUUUUCCAAAUUUGUAUAAAAUUAAAAACAGAACGAUGAGAAAUGGAAUUAAGGUUAACCCAGAAACAGCUGCCCAAGUAAUUAAAGAUUUUUUGAUACCUAUGUUUAACUAUGAUAACCGAAAUAGGACGGAAAAACUUAGAAAAAGGGUAUUUGGGCUAAAAGAUGAAGAAAAGAGGAGUCAAAGCUUCAGUGAGCAUGAAGGAACUGUAUAUGCUGAAUUAAAUUUAAGCACCCAGCUAAAUCGCGAAAUACAAAAGUUAAGAGAAAAAAAUGAAAGUUUGCAGAGAAAAGUUUAUGAGAUAACGCAAGAAAAAGAAUCAAUUAAUUAUGAGUAUGAAAAACUAAAAGAGAAAAAUAUCCAAAAUGAAACCAAUAUUUUUGCAUUUAAGUUAAAGUUUAAAAUAAAUCUUCACAAGAAGCCGUAGACUUCUCUCACUAAACUCGGAUUUAGGGCCUAAGUCCUACCCCUAACUGGCAUUUUUAAUUGAUUUUUGCAUUAAACUUGCAGUGCUUAUCAUUGCAGCACGAUUGCAGUAAUUUAGCAAUUAAUUUUACAUUUAUGAAACUGCAGCUAGAAGAAUACAAAGAAAAAUAUGACCAAUGUUUUGAAAUUAAAGAAAAGUUAAGCAAAGAGCUGCAUGAAGAAAAAGCUGGUAAUGAUAAAUUAAGAAAUAAAGCAAUUCAGCUCGAGCAUGGUGCCUCUUUAUUAGUCCUUGAAAACGAAAUUAUGGGAGAGCGCUUAAAAGGUCUUUUUACAGCAUUUGACCAUAUUGCAGGGAAUGCUUCACUUGCUUCUCAGCUUGAAAAUGAAAUUGAAAUUCUCCGUAAAAAUUUAUUUUUCCUUGCAAGCUUUAACCUGAAUUUAAUUGAAGAACUUAAUAGUAUUAUUAAGGUUAAAGACUCUUUACUUGAAGCUUCUCAAGAACUAAGUAUCGUAAAAGAUGACUUAAAAAACCAACGUGACAGAAUAGUCAGGACUUUUAAAGAAAACGCAGGAAAUUUUCAGCGAGAAUUGCAAACUGCCCAACAGGAAAGAGAAAAAUAUAAGCUUCAAGCUAGCGAAUUUGAAAAAAAAUUUGGAGAUUUGAAUCAAGAAUAUAACCGAUUACGUAUGAGACUGAAAUCUUUUCAGCAUCGUUUUGCUAGCUCUGAAGCAGAUGAAAGAAUCUGCAAAAAUUGCCAAAGGCCUUAUACAGAAAAAGAUAAUUUCAAUUGAUCAUGUAGAACACAUCCAAGCAAGAUUAUAGAUGAUAUAUGAUUUUGCUGUGGGAAAAUAGGAAAAGAAGCAUCUGGGUGUGUCACUUCUAACUUUUUCCCUAAAGUGGAACAAAAUAUCGGUGAAUUAACCAUUUAAAUUAUUUUUUAUACAAGAGAAAAAAAAUUAUGUAAAUAGCUUUGAUGUCUAAUUUCAUAUUGCCAAAUUCGAAAAUUUACUGUAUAUUUUUGUAUUUUUAACUAGAAAACUUAUUAGAAUAUUAUUUAAACAGUUGAAUAAAGCUUAUAUAUUAAGUUUUAUGAAAUAGAUUUUUUUGUUCCAAUUUACAAUGGGAGAGUAAGCAUAUUUCUAAAGAAGAUGAUGAGUUUGAGUUAAAUCAGACAAAAACUGUAUCAAAUUUGUGUACUGUAAAUUUAAUAUAGAGCUGCAGAGAAUUCGGACAUAUAAAAGAAGACUGCCCAAAAGAUCCAAACACAAGGACAAAAUUCCCACCUGUAGAAGAAUUAGAGAGGAUCACAGAAAAUUUAAAAAGGAAAAAUAAAAUCAGCAAUUUAGCAUCAGGGAUUCAAGAGAAAGUGGUACAGAUUCUCGAGACAAGGCUUGAAGGCAGUGAAUUUGCAAAAAUUGAUCAAGAAACAAAUAAUGACGAAGAAGACAAAACAAGCAAUGAAGAGAAAAAUACUAAAAGCUUCUGAGAUUUAGAAAAGCUAAAAGCCGAAGUGACAUUUGACGAAGAUGAAACCUCUAUAAAAAUCGAUUUUUCAAGCCAAAAUAAUGCAUCAAUGAAGCAAAAGCAUCAAAACUUUAUAAUAAGCAUGGAAGAGCUCAAAAAUGCUAUUCCAUAA